AUGAGUCAUGCCAAUCAGCACUAUCACCGAUCAUCUGAUCACAUCAAAAAUGUUGCAUUUCUACUUCCACCUUCCUCAACAUCAUCAGUCUCUUACUUUUGCAGCUUCAUGAGUUCUCACAAGCACUGGGUAGUAUUUGGGGGUAAAUCUCCAGGAAUCUUUGGCAAACAACCUUUCACUGCCUACAGUGGAUCCAACACUCACUACUUUCCCUUAGUAAUUCACUGUCAGACUUACACUCAAGCAGAAAAACUGUUUUCUCUUCACAAUCUCAUACAUUCUGUGCCAACAGAAGAUGCUAUAGUUGUCGCACACACAUUCAUGGACUCUGAUGCUGCACAAGGCAUGCUUCAGAAGGAACAUUGGGAUGGCACACUUCAGGGCUUCUAUGGAGUAUUGAGGGGACAUGAGAUUGGUAUCUACACAAAGUGGAAAGAUUGCCACCAACUGGUGUCUGGAUAUCACAAUCCAAUGUUCAAGAAAUUUGAAACUUUCACGGACACUGUCAUUUGGAUGAUCAUGAAAGGAAAGUAUAUUGAGGGCAAACCCAUUGGUGGCAAGAUAGAUCUCAUGAAAGAGAAGGUUGUAGAGUUGCCUGUUGUCAAGGGUAUGAACUAUGUCUUGUCAGCUCUUGAUGUCUAUCUGACAGUCAUUUACAGUAUCAAAUCUCUCCCUCAACCCUCCAAAGAGCCUUCUUUCAACUUGUGGGUGUACCAGUACAUGUGGGAAUUGAGCAGCAUUCAAUCAACACUCCAUAGCCCACCUCCUGCUAAUGAUACACCCCUCCCAUCUUUUGGCGAUAUACCUGAUAGCUAUCUUGAGGCCCAUGGUUAUUCUUCUCAUGCCCUCCUCUGCAUUCAGCAUGCCCUGGAUAUUAGUAGAGGCCUUCCUGUUGCAGAGGCAUGGUGGUUGUGGUUUAUCAUCACUGGAGACAAUGAAUUCUAA